AUGGUGGUAGCUGUCGCAGAUCUCGCCACGCUUGGCGCGCACGGACACAGAUCUGUCACCAUUGUUGCCACCGAUUGCUGUGCAUCUCUCUCUCUUCGCAACAUCUCUCCUUCUGCUCAUCACAGUCGCCCUGUCAAGGUCUGCAUUGACGCCGCAUCAUUCCCUCACAUCUUCGAGUCGAUUCUCGACUUGGUCUACGAGGCUGGAGAUGCCUCCACUUUGCGCGCGUUGCGCCUGACGUCCUCGUCCGUGAAGGAGCAAGUUGACCGUCGGAUCUGCCAUCACCUGAUCGUGCGGCCGGGUAGAGUGUACACGAAGCAUGUCGGAUUGCGCAAUCGUGAAUGGAACGCAAUCAAGCUUCUGGACGUGUUCGACCCGUUCACCCCAGCGGACGUGAGCUUUUCAUCGCCAUCAACUGUCCGCUUCUUCGCUCGCCACUCCAGCGCCGACCAGCCCUGGGUUCCCGAUGCCGAUACGGUAAUCCACGUCGUGGACGUCUCGGGCAUGCGACCCACAGCCUUGGAGCUGAGCUGCAUCUGUGCCGUCAGUCCUCGGUUCAAGCGCACAAUCGUCAGCGUUCGGUACGGGGCUCGCCUGAUUUGCAGCGUGUACUACCCCUACAAACCGGUGGAGUUCAGUGACGAUCCCGACAUGGAGGUCGUGCUAAUGCUCCAUCCCGGGCCGACUCGGCGCAAUGUCUGGCCUACGACAGCUAAACCGAAUCAGCCCCUGCACAUUGUCAUUGAACAGACACUAGGACUGCUGAGACGGAGCGAGAACCUUCGUGUCACAGUCGUUGGGAGCGAGAACUGGGACGUGAAUUGGUUCGACGGCACAAACACCCGCUGGCCGAUGCCGGAGUCUACGGCGUCCUUGACCGUCUCUGACCUAUGGGACAUCUGUGCCGGAUGGUAUGAGUCCGAUACAUCGCGACUCGCUUUCGUCACAUUAGCAGAGUUUCGAGACCGUGAACCUAAGACGCUCCGACUCUGCACCGAGCUCACGCCGACAUUCGCCUCUGUCAACAUGACCAUCGACUUCGCGUUCUACCCGCACAUCCUCGACCUCAUCCUCGACGCUCUCUACGCCGACCGCGAUGUAUCGACACUCCGGACACUGGGACUGGCGUCAUCAGCUCUGCACGCGGUAGUGCAGCGCAAGUUACUGCAACACGUGGUGGUUCGGCGCGUUCUCGAUACCGGGUCGGAUGACGACACCGAACGCAGCUUCGUCUGGGAUGCGCGACCGACCAAAGCUCGCGUGCUCGACGUGCACGACGAAGUUUUCAGAACCGAGUCGUUCGAUGAGCCACCCAUCCUCGGUUCCUUCAGCCUCGCCAGCGAGCCGAACACGGUGCGCUUCUUCUCACGAAUGCACCAUCGAUUCAAGCUGCCGGGGACUGGAGUCCAGACAGCAAUCUUCAACGUCGACAUCCCCGACUCAGCUUUCGCGACAGUGUACCCCGAAGACGACCUCGUGGUCGCGUGUCCGCUGCCUGAGAUCCCUGUCAACAUCCUCCACCUCCGCUACGACCAGCGCGGCAUGGGCGACUUCGGCUUCGCGUUCGAAGCCCUUCCAGCAUCCUCAUUCCCGGACGGCGUCCGGCCAGACGAACCCAAACCCGAUCACAGGGAACACGAGGUCUGCGUUCUGGCAAAGAUGUAUGACUACGGCCCGCGCCCCAAGAGCCCAUGGCGGAGCACGCUCCUGAACCAGCUUGCGACUAGCUCGCUCGCCUAUCUGCACGCCUUUCCACGAGCAACACUCACGCUCGUCGGCAUGGACGCUUGGGAUACGUGGUGCGGAUCCCCAUUCCCAGAUGAGGAGUGGGAGCCGACGCCCCCCCGGUACUUUGCCAAUAAGGCCGAGAAGGUCCGGUACUUCUGGGAUUGGAUGUUCGAGAUUGAGUUCGGGCGCAGAUACGCCGAUAUCGAGGACAUCAAGGCGCGCGUGCGGUUCGAGACCGAGGUGGACUUUCGGGAGCGCAUCGGGUCAGAGCUGGCUACGCUCGUCUUCGAGCCCCCGAAGGUAUAG